GUAAACGACGCCGAGAGAAAGAGAGAGAGAGACAAACUUUGUGUAUUUGGGGGCUCGUAGUGCACGCCGUGUUGGGCUCUGUGUGCCGGGAAUAGGGGUUAGACCUCCCUCUCGUGCGUUGUUUUGCAAUAUAAAACCAAAAAAGAAAUAGAAAACAAUUCACCAACACCAGUUGUCAGCGAUUAUAAUGGCGACAGCGCCUGUCACCACCACCACCACCAAUAACAACAACAACACCACCAACAAUAACAAUAGUAACAACAGUAACAACAACAACAACAACAAUAACCCAACUACUGCAGCAUCAGUGGCUGUAUCUUCGGCUUCCUCCUCGUCCGAAACUCCACCUCUGCUCGACCCGGAGAUCCUCGACUUCAAGAGCCGCAGCAUCGAGCAGGUGGUCCUGCCGCUCGUCUCCAAGAUAUCGAAGUUGGUGUCGCACAGGGACAGGCCGUUCCGAUGCGAGCGAAAUCCAGGAGUACUGGCCCGAGUCGGCCAGGGGGUGAAUCUCGCGGUCGAGAGGUUCGUCACAGUCGCCGAGACGAUAGCUGACGACAACCUCGAGGUCAAGCAGGACAUGUACGAGGCGUGCAAAGAGGCAAGGGUCGCUG